UCGGCAGCUGGUCUUUGAAUGAGGAGGUGUAGGGCAUAGAAGCUACCAGAUGGUUGUUUUUGCAGACAAUAAGCCUUCAAAUACCUUCCUAAAACAUCGACAACGGACUUCAACCGCACCGUUGUUAAGUAACCUCUGACCACAGAAGCAGCUGAUACUGAAUUCUGCAAAGAUGCCUGCUCUCUCUUCACCCACUGAUAUCGGCAGCUCACCCCCGUCCCCAGUGGACAGCAGUCCUAGGAGGCUGUCCUGGGGCAAACUUGUGCAAAGAUUGGCUGAUUUCAGCACAUCUGCCAACAACAGCAGUAUUGAGUCUGGGUCCAACAAUGGCAGCAGGAGUGAUCUCUCAGAAUCAGGGUCAGAUGUAUGCGGUGACCGGUCUCCUUGCAAUGAAGACCUGUUUUAUGAUCCAAUGGAGGAGACCAUUCUGAAAGAAGUAGUGGAACUUAUUGCAGGAAGCCUGAAAGAAGCCAAAGACUCUGACUGUGCCUUGAGGUGCUCCAAACUGCUGAUCCCUGAGAAACUUCUGGAACACAUCGGACAAGAGCUCCUUCACCUGGCAGCUAGUGAGCCCUGCGGCUUAAGAGGGGCUCUCAUCGACCUUUGUGUGGAGCAAGAGGCCGUGUGUGAGAGUAUGGCUCAGUUAUCUGUGGACCCUUACCUUGUCCCCACCUUUCAGCUGACUCUGGUGUUGAGGCUUGAGUCAGGUGGGCUGUGGCCUAAGAUCCAAGGACUUUUUAGCACAAAGUCUCCUUCCACUCCAGUAGUGAGACGAGCUAUUAAACUUAGCACUGGUUUCCGGGUGAUCAAGAAGAAACUUUAUUGUUCUGAAGAGCUGCUCAUUGAGGAAUGUUAAGAAAUAUAAGGGACUGUCGAUGUUUUAUUAUUUUAAAAACGCCCAGUUAAGCUUACAGAAGGGCCUUAUUAUUAUAACUCCAUGUUUAUGAUGCCUUCAGAAGGAUGGACAUUGACCAGAUGUAGCCUAUUGUUCUACUGUAAGGAAGUUUAUGGUACCUGAAGCAGAUUUUGCUUUUUAAACUACGAUGUUUAACCAUCGUAUGUGGUUAAGAAAGUCAUUUUGCGAGUAUUAAAGUGCGUACCUCAGUUUCUAUUGAAACGUACAAUGGCAGCUAGCUAUGAUUAAAGUCAUUGAAGACCAUUGUGUUUUUUUCUUUUUAUACAUGCUAAUUAAUUGUAAUGUACACCAAGUGAUGAAUUGUACACCAGGCAAAUCAUUAGGAACCCUAGUGACUGCUUGAAUUCCAGAGUAAAGGCUUACCAGCACUUCAUUGUGCAGUUUCUCUGCAAUCUCAAAUGUAACUUGAUCUUGUAUUUGUGUGGACCUGUCCUGCUUUCAACUUUAUUUAUUUGACAUUCAAAUACUCAUAACAUUGCACUGUUUUUGUACUUUCACGACUGCAAAUAAAUUAUUUUUUUUAACAAU